GAAGUUUGUGACCAGAGUGUAGUUCCUCAUUGUGCAAUGGACGGCCGCCUAGAGACUGAAUUGUAUCCUAUGGGAUCCAGUUACGCAGAGUUAGAUGUUGUCCAUGAUAUUCCAGUCGGAACAAAGAGAGGAUCAGACGAACUUUUCUCCUGUGUCACAAACGGACCCUAUAUCAUGACCAGCCCUGCAGCCAAUGGCAACGACAGUAAGAAGUUCAAAGGUGACAUCAGAAGUCCUGGCAUUCCGUCACGUGUAAUCCACUUGCGUAAGCUUCCCAGUGAUAUCACAGAGGCAGAGGUCAUUUCAUUAGGCCUGCCCUUUGGAAAGGUCACCAACCUUCUCAUGUUAAAGGGCAAGAACCAGGCAUUUGUGGAGAUGAAUACAGAAGAAGCAGCUCAGACGAUGGUCAGUUAUUACUCAUCUGUGACUCCAGUUAUCAGAAACCAUCCGAUCUUCAUGCAGUUUUCCAACCAUAAAGAGCUUAAGACAGACAAUUCACCCAACCAAGUGCGGGCCCAGGCAGCCCUACAGGCUGUAAACGCUGUGCAGACAGGGGCUGUGUCUCUCGGCGGAGGGGACCCUGUGGGGAUGACUGGCCCUAGUCCAGUUCUCAGGGUUAUAGUGGAGAACCUGUUCUACCCUGUUACUCUGGAUGUCCUGCACCAGAUCUUCUCCAAGUUUGGAACGGUGCUCAAAGUCAUUACCUUCACUAAGAAUAACCAGUUUCAGGCUCUGGUCCAGUAUGCCGAUGCCCUGACAGCCCAGCACGCUAAACUGGUGCUGGACGGUCAGAAUAUCUAUAAUGCCUGCUGUACACUGCGCAUUCAUUUCUCAAAGCUGACCAGCCUUAAUGUCAAAUACAACAAUGAUAAAAGUCGAGAUUACACGCGCCCAGACCUCCCCACGGGGGACAGCCCGCCCACCCUCGAACACCCCACUGUGGCCGCUGCGUUUGCUACUCCAGGUAUAAUCCCUGCUGGUCCAUAUGCUGGGGCUCACACCUUUCCCCCUACGUUCACCAUCCACCAGGCCACAGGGUUGGCAGUGCCCACUAUGUCUGGCACAUUGGCAUCGCUGACGAUCCCCGGUGCUGCGGCGGCUGCUGCAGGGCGACUGGCAUUUCCCCCUCUGACCAGCACCCACUCCAUCAUGCUGGUCAGCAACCUUAACCCAGAGAGAGUCACACCCCAAUGCCUCUUUAUUCUUUUCGGCGUGUACGGUGAUGUCUUGAGGGUAAAGAUCAUGUUUAAUAAGAAGGAGAAUGCCCUUGUUCAGAUGUCUGACAGCACUCAGGCUCAGCUGGCCAUGAGCCAUCUGAACGGUCAGAAACUCUAUGGGAGACCGUUACGCAUCACACUGUCUAAACACACCAGCGUCCAGCUCCCGCGGGAGGGUCAUGAGGACCAGGGUUUGACCAAGGACUACAGCAACUCCCCUCUGCACCGCUUCAAAAAACCCGGAUCCAAAAACUACCAGAACAUCUUCCCCCCGUCAUCUACGCUGCACCUGUCCAACAUCCCGCCUUCAGUAGUGGAGGAAGAUCUGAGGAUGCUGUUUACUAGCUCUGGUGCUGUCGUCAGGGGCUUCAAAUUCUUCCAGAAAGAUCAUAAAAUGGCUCUGAUUCAGAUGGGCUCUGUGGAGGAGGCCAUUGAAUCACUCAUCGAGUUCCACAACCACGACCUGGGAGAAAACCACCAUCUCCGAGUCUCCUUCUCCAAAUCGACCAUCUGAGAGGAGGUGUUCUCUCUGAGUCAAACACACUUCAGGCAUUCCUAUAGUGCAUUCAUGUCACAUCUGAUUUAUUAUGUGGUAUUUUUAACGCCUGUCUGUAUUCUUUCUUUUUUCCUGUAUGAAUCUGUUGACUCUCAGAGGCUCUGGUGUAUGUAGCAGUACUGUGUGCAGUUUAGGAUAUUUACCACUAGAGGGAGUUUGUACCAUGUUGUACAGCCUGUCUGCCCUCCAGUCGUGCCUUAAUCAGAACGUACUACAAACUCAUUCCAUUGACUGCAGUCAGCGCUCUUCACUGUCUUUAUAUCUUCAAACCUGUAAUGCUAGUUUAUUCUCCUUAAUUCGCCAGAGCGGAUCAUGUAUACUGUAUGUUUAGAUAUAGACUGUUUACAUUCCGUGUUAUUUUAUUAUUUUAUGCAAUCAUUUGUGUACAAGUUUAAUAUUAUUUUGAGUGUGAAGUCUGUAAUUUGUGUAAAGUUGGCCAGUAGCUGUCAGAAUGUGUUUACUGCAGUUCACCUUCUCCUGUCUCAUAAUUAGACUGUCACAGUGAGUGACAGUCCCAGGGCUCCAGGUUGGUUUCUGUUCUGUGGUAAACAGUGUCUGUCAGUGAGCUGCUUUUUUUUACAGUAUGUUCUGUACAUCUGAAAACCAAAGGUUAGUAGUAGUAUAAGAAAAGCUACUCACUACUGCCUCCUGUUGGUGUAGAAAAAGUAAAACGUGAAAGUCGGACGUGUUAAAGGUUUUGUAGUACACAUUCCUGUCCCUGGUUUUCCUUCACAACGCGAUGAGGAGUGUGUAUUUGUUGGCAGGAAAUGGUUUUGUUUGGGAACAGUUGGAAUUUGUGUUGUAUUCAGAGAAACUCUUAAAGUGUUUUACAUGGUAUCUUACUGUUUUUUAUGUUAGAAAUGACCCCUCACCUACCUGGUUAAAGUGUUAUUUUUCCUAAGUGUAAGGACAUGCAUUAAUCAGCCCUCUCUUCAAUGAUAAUUUAAGAAUCAUUAAAGUCCCCUUGACUAUGCAAAUUUCACACAACAUGUAAACAUCCUCAGUUGGAAACUUUGCAAUAAGGAAUAGAGUGUUUUUCCUCUUCUAAAAGGUCAGAGAGAAAAACAUGCAUAUGCUGUUUUUGUACCACUGAAAAGCAAUACUUGCUUUUUCAUAUGGGCAAAACAAGUGUAUAUUUUGAUUGUAACGGUGGACCUC